UCCAAAAGAAGACACCCGGGAAGGAGGCACGAUGACAGGCAGCAUGGAGGGGGUGGAGAGGUUCGACAGUCCGGGAAAGGGACGAGGUCUCCGGGUUACCAGAGCGUUUAAAGUGGGAGAGCUGCUGUUUUCCUGCCCGGCGUAUUCCUACGUGCUGUCGGUGAAAGAGAGAGGCUGCUACUGCGAGUUCUGCUUCAACAGGAAAGAGGGCUUGGCAAGAUGUGGGAAGUGCAAGAAAGCCUUCUACUGCAAUGCAAAAUGCCAGAAAGGGGACUGGCCCAUGCACAAGCUGGAGUGUUCAGCAAUGCUUGCGUUUGGAGAGAACUGGUGCCCGUCUGAGAUGAGCCGCCUGGUGGCCCGGAUCCUCGCCAAGAAGAAAACGCAGAAAGAACGAUGUGCUUCUGAGAAGAUCUUGCUCAUAGGAGAGAUGCAAUCACAUGCGGAAGAUGAAGAUAAUGAGAAGAGAGAGAUGAGUGAAGCAGACAUCGCAGGAAUGCAUCGCUUUUACUCCAAACAUCUGGAGGUGCCCGAACACAAAGACCUGGUCACACUCUUCUCUCAGGUUGCCUGUAACGGUUUCACAAUAGAGGAUGAUGAACUCUCCCACAUUGGUACUGCAGUCUACCCAGAUGUGGCACUAAUCAACCACAGCUGUCUUCCCAGCGUCAUAGUCACAUAUAAGGGGACGUCGGCUGAGAUCCGGGCGGUGCAGGACAUGAAACCUGGAGAUGAAGUGCUCAUCAGCUACAUAGACCUCCUCUAUCCAACAGACGACCGCAACAACAGGCUGAGAGAGUCCUACUACUUCACCUGUGAAUGCCAGGAGUGUAAAUGCAAAUCCAAAGACAAGGCGAAGUUGAAAGUGCGUAAGCAGAGCGACCCCAUCGAGCCAGACGUCAUCAGCAACAUGGUGCGCUACGCCAGGAAAACUAUCAGAGAGUUCCGGGCACUCAAGCACGUAAAAACCCCUAGUGAGCUGCUGGAGAUGUGUGAGCAGAGCCUGGAGGAAAUGGGAGCCGUGUUCGAUGAUGCCAACGUUUACAUGCUCCACAUGAUGUACCAGGCCAUGGGGGUUUGUCUCUACAUGGAGGACCCAGAUGGAGCUAUCAGAUAUGGCGAGAAGAUCCUCCGACCUUACAGCCAGUUAUAUCCUCCGUACUCCUUGAACGUGUCCUCCAUGUACCUGAAGCUGGGCCGACUGUACAUGGGGCUGGACAGGCACUCAGCCGGCAUGAAGGCGCUCAAGAAGGCGAUGGCUAUAAUGGAGGUGGCUCAUGGGAAGGAUCACAGCUACCUGAUUGAGCUGCGUAAAGAGAUAGCUCGAAAAUGAAGAGAACACCAAUGAAAAAAACAGCUGAUCCCUAUAGACUGCAUACACUCAUUUGAUGAGGAGCUUUACAGAACUGUGGGCACUUUCUUUUUGUUUUAGUACUUAAGUACAGAGAAACAACAUUCUUUUUUUUUCCCUCCUAUUUUUGCAAAAUUUUAUGCAAAUAAUUUAUUUUUGGAUUUUUGGAGGUUUAACUUUUUACACCAGCGUUGAAAAAAAACUGGUUGUUGAAAAGAUAAUUUUGUAACAAGCAAGAUUUUAAUAGUAAUAAAUUGACAUUUUUUAAUAAUGUUGA